AAAAAGAAAGUUACCUCUCUUUUCAGUCACUCACUCAUUAUUUCCUUUUUUAUUAUUAUUAAAGAUAUAUAAUUUUAUAUAUUAUUUCCAGACUAAUCCGACACCGACGACGAGGACGACGACCAAAAUCCCCAAAAACUGAAUCUAUCAAUCAAUCAAUUAACAAAAAUGAGCGGUAGCGAAGGAAGUUCAGGGCAUUCAGUAGAUGCAGCAGCACGAAAGAAAGACAAAGCAAAAGUAAGCAGAACGUCGCUGAUAUUAUGGCACGCACAUCAAAACGAUCCGUCAGCUGUUAAGAAGCUUCUAGAAGAAGAUCCAUCCUUAGUUCAUGCGAGAGAUUAUGAUAAUCGAACUCCCCUCCAUGUCGCCUCUCUUCACGGCUGGAUCGACGUUGCCAAGUGUUUGAUUGAUCACGGUGCUGAUGUUAAUGCUCAGGAUCGUUGGAAAAAUACCCCUCUAGCUGAUGCGGAAGGAGCUAAAAAACACGACAUGGUUGAGUUAUUGAAGUUGCACAAUGGCAUGUCAUUUGGCCAAAAUGGAAGCCAUUCUGAACCAAAGCCUGUGCUACCCCCUCUUUCAAAUAAGUGUGACUGGGAAAUUGAUCCUUUGGAGUUGGACUUCACAAACUCGCACCUUGUUGGCAAGGGGUCCUUUGGUGAGAUCGUAAGAGCAUCUUGGCGUGGAACACCUGUUGCAGUGAAACGUAUACUUCCCAGUCUCUCAGACGAUAGAUUUGUGGUUCAGGACUUUAGGCAGGAGGUGAAUUUGCUGGUCAAACUGCGCCACCCUAAUAUAGUGCAAUUUCUUGGAGCUGUUACGGAAAAGAAGCCAUUAAUGCUGAUCACUGAGUUCUUACGAGGGGGUGAUCUUCAUCAGUGCCUGAAGGAGAAGGGUGCUCUUAAUCCAACAACAGCUAUCAACUUUGCUUUAGACAUUGCCAGAGGCAUGGCAUACCUUCAUACUGAGCCGAACGUCAUAGUCCAUAGAGACUUGAAACCAAGGAAUGUUCUUUUAGUCAACUCCAAUGCAGACCAUCUUAAAGUCGGGGAUUUUGGACUAAGCAAACUAAUCAGGGUUAAAAAUUCUCAUGAUGUCUACAAAAUGACUGGCGAAACUGGAAGCUAUCGUUAUAUGGCUCCAGAAGUUUUCAAGCACCGUAAAUAUGACAAGACAGUUGACGUAUUCUCUUUUGGAAUGAUAUUAUACCAGAUGCUUGAAGGAGACCCACCGCUAUCAAAUUAUGAACCUUAUGAAGCAGCAAAAUCAGCAGCAGAAGGGAUCCGGCCUGUUUUUCGAUCAAAAAAUUACAGUCCUGUGCUGAGAGAAUUGACUGAGCAUUGCUGGGAUGCAGACAUGAACAAGAGACCUUCAUUCUUGGAGAUUUUGAAGAGGCUUGAAAAAAUAAAGGAAAAGAUGGCCACAGAUCACCAUUGGCACGUUUUUUCAUCUUGAACAUGAUUUUCCUGUUACCAUAUUCUCAAUUCCAGUACUCGCAAACCUCUUGUUAUGCGGUAUUUUGUUGUGAUUAUAUUCGUGUGAAAAUCCCCAGUAUAGGCAUCGAUACGUUCUCAAUGAACAUGUGUAGCCAAAAUAACACCACUGGCUUUCCCCUUUCUACUCUUCCUUAUGUGUCGCUCCAGUGGUUUAGUUCACUUCACUGUGAUGACACACUUCCCUUAUAUAUUGUAAAUUAUGGAGUAUGAGUUAUCGACCUCUUUUUCCUAUAAACUUGAUUUUGAUGAUUUUUUA